AUGUUCGUUUUUUCCCUAGAUUGCAUCUUCGUCAGCUCAAUUUUCGUGCAUACUCUAUUUUCUACAUUUUCUCUCUCUCUCUCUCUCUCUCUCUCUCUCUCUCUCUCUCUCUCUCUCUCUCUCUCUCUCUCUCUCUCUCUCUCUCUCUCCCUCUCUCUCUCUCUCUCUCUCUCUCUCGUUCUCUCUCUCUCUCUCUCUCUCUCUCUUCUCUCUCUCUCUCUCUCUCUCUCUCUCUCUCUCUCUCUCUCUCUCUCUCUCUCUCUCUCUCUCUCUCUCUCUCUCUCUCUCUCUCUCUCUCGUUCUCUCUUGAUGUCUCUCUCUCUUUCUCUCGUUCUCUCUCUCGUUCUCUUUCUCUCUCGUUUUCUUUCUCUCUCUUCUCUCUCUCUCUCUCUCUCUCUCUCUCUCUCUCUCUCUCUCUCUCUCUCUCUCUCUCUCUCUCUCUCUCUCUCGCUCUCUCGUUCUCUCUCUCUCGUUCUCUCUCUCUCUUUCUCUCUCUCUCUCUCUCUCUCUCUCUCUCUCUCUCUCUCUCUCUCUCUCUCUCUCUCUCUCUCUCUCUCUCUCUCUCUCUCUCUCUCUCUCUCUCUCUCUCUCUCUCUCUCUCUGUGA